GAUGAGAGAGAACGAGAGAAUGAGAAUGAGAGAUGAUGAGAGCUUCCUGAAUCCAACUUCACCGAAUUCGCGUCGCUCAGGGAAUUGAGGAUGUGGUGAUCCCCUUUCUCUCACGUCGUCCACACGAGCAAUCUCGCCUGCCUGAAAUCCCCACCCAGCGUUGCAGGGAGUCUCCAUGGCGAUGGCGUCCCCGGCGUUGGUCACCUCCACCACUACCACCACCCACGCUGCCCCCGCUCAGGCCUUCGCGCCAGCCUCCUCCCCCGCCAGCUCCACCCAGAGAUGCCUGCACCCAUUUGCGCUUGUGGGUCGCAGGUCAAGCUCCAGCUGUAAACGUGCCCAGAGACGAGUCUUCCGUGUGUCAGCUGCUGCAGCUGAGUCCGGGUCAGUACCACCUUCAAUCCCGAAAGCAGACAUUGCACCAGCAAAAGAAGCUCCCCCGAAGCCAACCUUGAAGAAAGGACAGAUUGUGAGAGUUGACAAGGAAAAAUAUCUGAACAGUGUAGAGUAUCUAUCAGUUGGGCAUCCCCCUUACUUCACUGGCCUAGAUUACAUUUAUGAAGACCGUGGCGAGAUUUUGAACACCAGAUUCUUUGAUCAUGGCGAGUAUGCACUGAUUUCAUGGGCAGGAAUACCAACGAAUCCAGCUUGGCUUCCUACGUACAUGCUUAUCCCGGCGGAUAGGCUCUCAUACAAGAGACAGUAAUCGUCAGCUCCAACAUUGAUUCAGCUGAGACCAUCACUUUCUGUAACGUUCAACUGGGAUACUUCUCUCCUGUAAUUCUUUCUCCUCCUCAAGUAUUGAUUAGCAAAAUGUGAAGACCCUCCAUCUGGGAAAUAGUGAAGCUCAUACUUCUAUGUGGUCUGAACAGUUCUAAUGAUGUAAUGUAGUGUUUUAUUCGACGAAAAUCCUCAGGAUGUACUCUUUGGACAAGACUUAAGUCUUGAAUGUAGCAUUUUUUCCUAAUAGUUGGUUAUUUGACGUAAGCUA